CUAACUUAUAUAUCCAAAUAUUAGAGGCCAGAGGAUCAUCAAUCCAAUUGAUAUUCUCUCAUCAAUGGAGCAACCUCAACUCCCAAGCGAACUUUCUUCCGUACAAAAGAACCUCCUCCAAAGUGAUGCCCUUCAUGAGUACAUACUGAAGACAAGUGUGUACCCAAGAGAGCACAAACUACUCAAGGGAUUGAGAGAGGAGAACAAGAAACACCCAUGGUCUUUCAUGAGCGUACCCCCUGAAGAGGGGCUUCUCAUUUCUAUGCUACUGAAGCUUAUGAAUGCAAAGAAAACAAUAGAGAUUGGGGUUUACACUGGGUAUUCCCUCCUCACUACUGCUUUGGCUUUGCCAGAGGAUGGAAAGGUGCAAAGUUUUCUUAUUUUACCUUUUUCUAAUUUAUCUUUUUAAGAAGAAAAAUAGAUGGUUAAACCUGGAGAUUGUAGCCAUUUUUUAAGAAAUUAUUCUUUGUUCUCUAUUUAAGCUGAAAUAUCUAACUUUCCCUAAAUUGAGGAUAAAAUUUAGUUGUUGUUACAUGAUUCUUACGUGAUAUCUCAAUUGAAUGGAGAAAUAGCAUCAUGCGUUUAGAGGGUGUAACUGCUUAUAAAAUAGUUUA